ACACGGGCUGCGAGAAUAGGAUAAAGUGGAGGAGAAGAAGCAGGCGAGCUGAUAUCUGUAAAACCGACCUCAGGAGGACGAGGCGACACGGCUGAGUCACUACUGGUGAGGAGGAAGGUCUGGAGUGGGAACGAGAGAGGAGGAGGAGGAGGUGGAGGAGGAGGAGGGGGAGAAGAAGAAGAAGAAGAAGGGAGGGAGAUAAGCCACAACAGGAAGCAAAACGACACACACACAAACACAGUGCGUGUGUCUGUGUGUCUGAGAGAGAGACUGCGCGAACAAGAGGUUGAACGGGAAAGGAAGGGAGGGAGAGUGACGCGGAGGCUGGGAGAGCCUGCCCCCCCUCCUCUCCUCCUCUCCCUCUCUUUCUCUCCUCUCCUCCUCUCCUCCCCUCCUCCCUCUCUCUCUCUGUGGAGCAGGCGUGUAGCGACAUCAGACUCGGCGUGAAGGAACCAUGAGCGAUGUCACCAUCGUUAGAGAGGGAUGGCUCCAGAAACGGGGUGAAUACAUAAAGAACUGGAGACCGCGGUACUUCCUGCUAAAGACAGACGGCUCUUUCAUCGGCUACAAAGAGAAACCUCAGGAUGCAGAUCUGCCCUACCCCCUAAAUAACUUUUCUGUAGCAAAAUGUCAGCUGAUGAAGACAGAGAGGCCGAAGCCAAACACCUUCAUCAUACGCUGCCUGCAGUGGACCACAGUCAUCGAGAGGACCUUCCAUGUGGACUCACCUGAUGAGAGAGAUGAGUGGGCAGAGGCCAUCCAGACGGUCGCGGACAAGCUGCAGAGACAAGAAGAGGAAAGGAUCCAGUGCAGCCCCACCUCCAAUAUCGACAACAUGGUCGAGGAGGAGAUGGACAUCUCUACCACACACCACAAACGCAAGACAAUGAGUGACUUCGACUACUUGAAGCUGCUGGGAAAGGGAACAUUCGGCAAAGUGAUUCUUGUCCGAGAAAAGGCCAGCGGGAAAUAUUACGCCAUGAAAAUCCUUAAAAAAGAAGUCAUCAUAGCCAAGGAUGAGGUGGCUCACACACUCACAGAGAGCAGAGUACUGAAAAACACCAGACAUCCCUUUCUCACCUCAUUGAAGUAUUCAUUCCAGACUAAAGACCGCCUCUGUUUUGUCAUGGAAUAUGUGAAUGGAGGAGAGCUGUUUUUCCAUUUGUCCAGAGAGCGGGUGUUCUCAGAGGAGCGCACGCGCUUCUACGGCGCCGAGAUCGUCUCCGCUCUCGACUACCUGCAUUCAGCCAAGAUUGUGUACCGGGACCUGAAGUUGGAAAACCUGAUGCUGGAUAAAGACGGUCAUAUCAAGAUCACAGACUUUGGCCUGUGCAAAGAGGGCAUCACAGACGCUGCUACCAUGAAGACCUUUUGUGGCACGCCAGAGUAUCUCGCCCCGGAGGUGCUGGAGGACAACGACUACGGUCGGGCGGUGGACUGGUGGGGUUUGGGCGUGGUGACAUACGAGAUGAUGUGCGGCCGACUGCCGUUCUACAACCAGGACCACGAGAAGCUGUUUGAGCUCAUCCUCAUGGAGGACAUCAAGUUCCCGCGCACUCUGUCAGCCGACGCUAAGUCGCUGCUGUCUGGCCUUCUUAUCAAAGACCCCAACAAAAGGCUCGGUGGAGGACCAGAGGACGCUAAAGAAAUAAUGAGACACAGUUAUUUCUCUGGUGUUGACUGGCAGGAUGUCUAUGAUAAAAAGCUCGUGCCUCCGUUCAGGCCUCAGGUGACGUCGGAAACAGACACCAGAUACUUUGACGAGGAGUUCACAGCCCAGACCAUCACAAUCACUCCGCCAGAGAAAUUUGAUGAGGACGGGAUGGACUGUCUAGACAACGAGAGAAGGCCGCACUUCCCACAGUUCUCCUACUCGGCCAGCGGGCGGGAAUGAACGGUCCAUCGCGAUGACAUCAUCACAGCUGGUCUCUGAGGUCAUCAGUGUGGGACAAUAAAACAAAACAAAACAAACCCACAGCUUUGGACCGACCCAGAACAACAUUGCAACAUUGACGUGAAGGAUUUUGCCCCCCUCCUCCUCCUCCUCUCUUUUUCCACCUCUCCAGUUCUUCUCUCUCUCUCUCUCUCUUAUUUAUUUAUUUAUUUAUUUAUUUAUCUCUCUUUAAAAAGAAACCUCCAGGCUAAAUUACGCGUCAGCGCUGCACUGCAUCCCCAGGUGAUCCGAGCUGUGGUUGCGAUCACUUACUGUGUAAUGUCCCUUUAACAGGAGCGUCACCGCUGGCCUGCUGUGCUUUGAUGACGGCGGCGCAAACCGAACUCUGAAACAACAAACCCGUUCUGACAGAGUUCAACAAACAGCCGACGCUUUUUUUUCUUAAAGCCGACGUUUUGUGCGCUCCAGCUUUUUAAAGUCAUUCAAAGCCAAACUGCCAGCUCUGGUUGUACCUCAGGCUCCAGUCUGAUUUCAAUCCUCACGUAAAUCCUAGUCUGUGAUUGAUCGAGGCCGCCUGGCAUUUUAACAGAAACAGUCGUCAUCAGUGAGCAGAACCACACACACACCUCAUGUUGUCGAGCAGGAUUUGACUCAGGUUUUGCUCAGUGCAAUUCAUUAUUAUCGUUGCUGCUAUUUCAACUACUACAGGUACUACUACUGCUUAGUCUACUACCAUAAAACUUCUAAAACCCGGUGCUACACUUAUAGCUUAAAGCUGCAGGUCAUUAUACAAGCAACACAUGAAGCACGUGUGUCAGUGUGUCGUCAUGUUUCCUAAGGUACAGCUGCUACACAUCAACAACCCCUUAGAUGAAGAUGAAGUUUGUGUGCGUGUGUGUGUGUGUGAGGUACUGUCAUGUUAAGGGUUUGCGUCUCAAAGCACAGCAUUUCAGGAGGAUGAAGCGCCUAAACCAUGAGCUUUACUACAUUGCCCACAAUGCAGUGCAACGACAUCCAUCAAAGCAGAGGAGAAAAAAUGAGAAGAAGACUUAAAAAAAACAACCCGCCCCCCAAAUUCUUUCUUUCUUGCUUUUCUUUUGGUCGUUUCCCUGCUGCAGGUCCCUCCUGAGUUUCCGUCUCCUCUGUCACUAAAGGGAAAACUAAGCGGAAGUGAUACUUUGAAAGCUUUACUGUGACAUAAUUAUUCUGGUGGCUUUGGGAACCACACGGCUUGUACCUCUCUCCGUCUCUGUCACUGUGCAGGAAAAGGUCAACUGCAGCAGGAACGGAUUCACCACAGAGUGAAUGGGAGUGCGAGUGUACAGGUGAACAGCUCCAUGAAUGAUACAAUAUGAGAUAUUUAUAAUGUGAUAAUUUAUGACCCAUCGAUGAGUAACGUUACCGUUCAUCUUCUGUUUCUUUUUCCUGAGUUUUUUUUUUUUUCAUGAAGGAUUUUAAAGAAAAUAUGGGUUUACACCAAUCACAGCAAGAGGCUAUAACAUAUAUUUGUUCUAUUUAUUGUUCAACUCAUCAGUUUUAUAUUUAACUUUUUCUAUUGUUAUAACAUUAUUCUAGAAAAAAGAAAAGAAAAACAUUAUUACUUAGGGCUGAGAGAAGAAAAAAAAAAUGGCUAAAGAAUGUAGGAGGGAAAGCAGAUCGCCUUCCUGCUCCAUCGUUUAUUUAAAUGUGUUUGUGUUGUUUUGUGACCAAAAUGUGACGGGACACGUCAAAGACAGAGGAUUGUUUAAGGAAAUGAUAAGAACUUAUUUAUGACAUUUUUUAACUCGUUCAAAAACCAAUGUCCUCCAUAUUUAAAGGUCCAGUGUGUGACUAUGAGACUACAAAUUAUAACAAAGAGUGAAAACAACUCCACCACUCACCCACAGACUGUAUGUAGUGAAUGGACGUCGUCUUCCAGGUUUCCUCCUGAAGCCAAAUAUAAAGUGGAAGUUCGUUGAAUGUCCACCAGGGGGCGACUCCCUUGGUUGCAAAGAGGAGUCGUGAAGUGUUGAAUGGAAAUCUUUGGGAAAAUCUCUGAGCCUCCUUCUCAAGUAAUCGGAAUAAAACAGUCGAUCCGAUGAUGACUUCCUGGUCUGGCGCUAUCACGUGUCUGAGCCACGUAAAACGUGACAUAUUUCCGUUUUGUUACUGCUGGGUUUUCAUUCCAAAAAAAUGACCAAACAGGAAAGUUACAGACGCAGAUGAGGAGGAAAAAUUAUGUGGAAUAGUGGAAUAGUUCUUUUUCUACUUCUACUUUCGGAGAAUUCGAAUGGCUUCAUUUGAUUUUGCGUCCAUUCCAAUCCUUUCUAAAUGAAUACAUUUUGCAUGUGUCGUAAACACAGCUCUAAACAGUAGACAUUGUUGACAACUGUUCACAUCUCUGAACUUCCACGAUAUCAAGGCUUCAAGCGGUAGUUCAUAUUUCUAUGGGUGAGGUCACGACAGGUCAGGGAACUACGGUGGCCUUCACACACCAAAAGUUGUUUACAUAUAAGUUUGUCUGUUUGGACUAAUGUGAAAAUAUCCAUCAUAUUUACACAUAUAUAUAUAUAUAUAUCCUUUUAUAAGGUACGAAAACCAAAACAAGCACUUACAUGAACAUACGUAUGAGUCGUAUUUUCAAUUUCAAAAAAUUUGCUUCUACAUCUUUAAUCUUAGUGCAGGUGUGUGUGUGGUUUAAGUUCACAGAAGGGAGAAGAGGAAGUGGAGCCGAGAGAAAACAAGUGCAGCGCAGAUGUCUGAAUGUAAAGGACGGGGAAAAAGAAAGAUUUAAGACUUUACUGUAAGUGUGUUAAGAAAUGCCAGAGGAGAAAGUGUUCGAGGAGAGUUACGAGUGUGUGAGAGGAAACCAUGUGAGUUUUUUGGGGAGCAGUUGAGAUGAGUCUCUCCUCUGUCUUUCAACGUGUCCUCUCAUUCCUGUUUGUCUGCGGUCAUUUUUGUCGUCAUGUCUUCCAGUCUGACCAAGAUUUUCAAAUCUAAGCCGGGUUAGCCUUGUGGUUUAGCUUCGUAUAAAAGAAAAAAUAAUUAAAAAUAAUGUUAAAAAAAACAAACAAAAAAAAAACUUGACAUCGAGCACUUAACAGAAAAAAAACAAAUGUGAGGAAAUAUAUUUUUAAAAAUCGGAAAAAACCUCAACAGCGUCACGUGGAAGACGUCUCCGACAAUAUCCGGACGACAUGAAUCACGAGGAGAGCGCGAGGGAACGCGCUCCUGUGAGAGAGAGAACUGCAUUCCAGUAGAUUUAUUUGAAUGUUUUUAUUAUCAUCGGCGAUAACUUGAAUUUAUUUCUGUUUAAUUUAUUUGAUGUUUUGUUCUGGAUGUUAGCAGUGAGGGGGUGAAGUCGUGUUUGAUUGCAGUUUAACUCUUCAGAGACCCUGCACUAAAAUAAAUGCCUCCCCCUUUUUUUCUUUCUUUACAGAGAACUCUUAUACGACACGUUGCCUGUUUUCCUGCUGCUUUUACUCUUGCACAUCCAUUAAAUUGCUAUUAGAUAGCAGAAAGUAUAAGAGGACGGCGCUGGCCUGCGCGCUGUAGCGCUCCUCUGUCCGCACCACCAGGCCUGAGUCAAAGUGGCUCUCAGAACUCUUAUGAAAAAUACUUUUCUGUGAUCAAUGACUGUCUGGCACAGCUGAAGCAACGGAAAAAAAAAGUUCAAAAUAAGUACAAAUCACACCCAGCUGGCAGCCUCCACAGGCUCAGGCUAACGCGCCCAAGUAUUUGGAAGGAUUUCAGCUUUGAUUUGACCCAGGUCUGCGAGCGACUGAGGAGUUCUCGCUGUAUGUGCGCGCUUACCGCCAAAUUCAUUAGACACCAGAGUUCAUAAAAAUGCCGCUUUGUAUCUUUGGCCACAGACAGCACUUUCCACAUCCACUUUUUGUAUGAUUCUGCUCUGCUUUAAAGGAAGAUUGCUUUUCUUUUUUGCUUUUUUAUGUUUGUAAGAAAAAGACACAUUUUUAAAGCACAUCUCCACUCCACAUAAUAUAUACUACUGAUCGCUUUGAUGCUGCUUUGAUGUUUAGAGUCGCUGAGACCUGGGUGAUUGUGUCCCUGCAUAGAGCACUGGGAAUUAAGAUCUGUGGGAUUCUUUUUUUUUAAGGAAACUGAUCAGUGUGUUUACACUGGAAUUCACAGAGCUCUGAAUACAGCACCACUCCUUCCUGUUUGGCACUUAAUAUCAAACACUCCUUUAUCAAACCAAGUUGACUUAGUGGCUGAUUCAAAGGUCAGAGACCAGGAAAACUUAAGUGGAGAAAGAAGAGCUGAGUGAUCCUCUUCAUACAUGUGGGUGUGCACUAAAGUAUGAAGCAGUUGUGGGCAAUUGUCAAGUUAUUCAACUUGACUCAUUCCCACCAAACGGAGGUUUGUUAAACUGGAUGAAGGGAUUCAGUUUGAGCCUCCUCACAGCUUCACUGUGUCCCUCCACCACUGGCGUGAAUCAUCAAUGCGUGGCGCACUUCUGACGGCGUCCACUCUUAAAAGCUGCUGCUGCUGCUGCUGCUGCUGCUGUUUGUACUCUUCAUCUAUCACACAACACAUCUGACUCCAAGAGUGUUUGGAUAUUAUGUAAAAAUCCUUUCAAAGACCUUCGCUGUUCGAGUUGAUUGAGUCCGUUGUUAAUGAAGCAGCGGCGUCGGCCAAAAAAAACAAAACCACUCUGCACUGCCUGGUUUUUAAUGCAGAUAAGAAAAACAGCUCCAGUGUUUGGAAGGAUUUCUGAAAGUGUUUGACCUCAUGUCUGCAACAGAAUCCCUCCCUCCUCCUCCUCUCUCUCUCUGCUACUCGUCUACUAUCAUCAUGUUAUUAACAUGAGCAAGCAUGAGAUGCAUUCAUUUAGAAACAGCAAACAAGAAGAAAACAAACAAAAACAAGAAAAAAAAACAGCAAACGUACAAAUAUUAGAAAGUGUAACCGUUUUAAUUUCAUGUCCGUGUCCAUCUAAACUGUAGCUUUACAGCUGGACAGCGACCAGCUGUUCGCAGAGCGGGCCGUGUUCCCAUGAUGCACUGCAACAGAGGUUGACUCUGGGACGGUGUCGCGGGGGGGGUGGGGGGAACUUUGUACAUCCAGAAAGAUUCACAGAGAAAGGCAGAUCAAACAGCCUUUUUUUUCUGUCAGGAUACAGCGCUGCUGCCACCGAGGCCGCCUCAAUACCAUCAACAUGAAGCUGUUUUUUACACUGUACAUCCUGAGUAUUUUUACACAUAAAAUGUAUAUGAUAGGGAUGCACAUUAUUUUCCUUCUUACAGACGGCUUCAAUAAAGCACUAUGUCAAUCUGCA